AAUGAAGCCUCCACCACACACAUAACCAAACAAAACAAUCAAGAAAUUUCCAAAAAAAAAAAAAAGAAAGAAAAAAAAUCAGCCAUUUCAAUGGCAACUCAUCUCCCAACUUCUCUCCCACCAUCAACAACAACUCAUCAUUUAUCAUCAAACAAAUCAACCAUUUUCCUCAAUCCAAGAAUCAAUUUUCUCCACAACUUCAAUCCAAAUAAACCGAUAAAAUUCUCGACAAAUUCGUAUCGAAUCACCACCCGAGGCGGCUUCACUGAUGAAGAAGAAGAAGAAGAAGAAAUUUGCAGCUUCGAAGAAGCCGUCACCCUUUUCAACAAAAGGGAUUACUACAAAUGUCACGAUGUUCUAGAAACACUAUGGAACAAUUCCGAAGACCAGAAACGCACACUCGUCCACGGCAUUCUCCAAUGCUCCGUCGGCUUUCACCACCUCUUCAACCAGAAUCACAAGGGAGCAAUGAUGGAAUUGGGAGAAGGGGUGUGCAAGUUGAGGAAACUGAACUUCGAGAACGGCCCUUUUCAUCGAUUCGAGAAAGAAAUCUCGGCCGUGUUGGAAUUCGUUUACGAGACUCAAUUAGAAAAUGCUGCAUGCAGUGAAGAUGAAUGCGUAGCAAUGGACCAAUCAGAGAAAUCUUACCAACUACUCGGAAAAUAUGCAGCGGGCGAACGCCUCUAUCAUUUGGAAAUCGAUCGGAAUUGGAACGCCUUCAUAGUUUUCUGCCCCGAGAAUUACAGGGGCACGGGCGUGGGCCCACCUAGUAUAAAGAUUCCUGUUCUUGAAGCAUCUGAAGAAGAUAUUAUGGCUUUGGAAGAGUAAAUCUCUAGUUCGAUCUUUCAAAUGCCGAAAUAUUUUAGUGUUUUUUUUUUUUUUUUGUCAAGAAGAUAAUUUGAGCAACAAAAGUGAAGCUCGAUUGUACAAAAAAUGCAUAGAAAAGUUAUACGGGAGAGACGAACAAUCUGUGCUAAA